GCGUCGCCGCGGCGCCGCUGCACGAGCUCUACCCGCCGCCGCUCACGGCAGCGUUGCGCGACGGGAUGCGAGCUUUCGCCGCCUCGUUCCCUGGCUUCGACGGCCAGGCGGCGCUGCUGCACGGCGUAGAGACGCGCACGUCGGCGCCAGUCCAGGCGCCACCUCGUGUCACGCGACCACGAGACGUGCGAGGCGCGAGGGUCGCGCUCGGUUUGCGCGGCCUCUUCCCGGCCGGCGAGGGAGCCGGCUACGCGGGCGGGAUCGUGUCGGCCGCCGUCGACGGGGUCCGCGUGGCCGAGGCGUUGCUGCCAUUGCUGGUGGGCGGGAUAGCGGCGGCGAGAGCGAGCGGUGCGCCCUCGGGGGCUGCGCAGGAGGAGGUUGGCCAAAGAUGACCAUCGGGCCGGACAUCUGUUGAUCACUGAUGCACUUGCUG